GUGGAGAGUUACGCGCAUGCGCUUGUACGAUGCAGCGUCGGUCAGUGCCCUUCCCAAGAUGGCGGCUACGUUGCGACUUGGCCGGGAGAGGAGCGUUGAUGCGACGGCGCGACAAGCACCAAUUCCCUUCCGAAGAUGGCGGCUGCGAGGUGCUUGAGGAAAACGUGGAAUUAUCCUAUGGCGUUUAGGGUGGGUUUUCCCCCCUUCGCCCCCGUUUAUAUGCGAGAGGGCUGGGGGCGCUGUAAACUUUGCAUUUUCAGGCUUUUUAAAGGCUUGAGUUUCUUAGGUAGCCCGAGCCAUUAAUUUGCGGGUGGUCAGACUUUCCUGAACUGUGGCUUAUAGGAGAAUAUGAUGCUCUCAGGUUGCAAACCCGCCUCAGUGUCGACCCAGAUAAACCUAAAAUGCUGGUGUGUUUUUCUUGUUUUCGCGAUUUUUUUAGGGAUGUGUGUGUGUUUUGAAUUGGUUCCGCUAAUAAUUUUAUUGCUUUAUUAUCUUUUUGAAAACCCGCUUUGAGGGUGAUUAUUUUUGUUUUUUUAAAGCAACCCAGCAGCAUGCAAAUGUUAUGAAAUUGCAUGCAGCCUUAAUAAUUGCAAUAAUAGUGGUGGUGAUUAAGACCAGCCACCCCCCCUUAACUAAAAUGUGGAUUCAUCAAUAACUGGUUAUUUUUAUUCUUUUGGGGCACCACUUGCCUUGCUCUGGAUUCUGCUUAGUUUUAUUUUGUUCGUUUGUUUCAUGAAAUGUAUGUAAAAUUCAUACAACCUCAAAGCAGCUUGCAAAUGGAUAAGACACAAAUGUUCAACCCCCAAUCUUUGGCUCUGUGACUUGUUUGUUAGCCCACCUCUCUCCCCUCACUUGGAAAUAAUGAAGUUCAUACUUCCACCUGGUGGUUAUGUAUGCCAUGCUAGUCUUAUAUGUUUACAUUUAUCUUCUCUUUCUCUCUGUAUAUCUUUUCCACUCAAAGAUAUGGGCGGGGUAUAAAUAAAUAAUAAUUAUUAUUAUUAUUGUCAAAGCAGCUCACAACAGUAGCAAAAUUGUUUUAUGCCAACAUAGCUUUGCAACUCUAAUUAGACAAACAUUCUGAUGAUUUUUAGUAUUUCUGCCCCCCCAUAGUGUUUUUUAUUGUUGCCCUGAUACUUUAUAAUAUGGUGACAUAGAUACAUUUCUAUGAAUAAAAGAAAACAUUGUGAAAUGCAUAAAAGCAAACAAUUAAAAAUCGUUUUGAAGACUAGCAAGUUUGUUUCUCUGAGCUUCUUAGGGAUGUGGAUGGUCACUGUUUGGCAAAGACAUGCUGGAUUGGGCCUCUCUAGCUUAGCAAUGUUGUCCUUCUACUACUUUCCUUGGCCGCAUAAACCUGCAUUACUCCCUAUAGUUCAGUGUUCGAAACUACCAUUGUUCUAGGCGCAUUUUGCGACAGGGAAUUUCAUUAGCAUGAGCCAUUUCUGAGUUUAGUACUGAGCCUGAGAUUUCAGAUUUAAAUUGCAGAGUGGAAGGAAAGGAGGACCUUUUUCUGUCUCCUACUUCCAGCUACUCUGGGGAAUAUUAGUGGUGGUGGGCAGGGUGAGGACUAAACUGUUUAGCUGCAGUUCAUUCAUUUUCAGCGUUGUAGUCUUGUUUUUAAAAAGUUCCUAGACAUUCCGUUGUUGUGCCCAUAACCUAGUUUUAAGGUGCCAUUUAGCUCCUGGCUUUCAUAUCUCAGUUUGUAGCACUGCUGUAGUUCUGCCUGGCUGUGAACAUGUCUUUGGGUCUCAUAACUAGCCCUUUUUUCUGUUUGUCUACCCUCAGGGCCUGGCUACUGUCAUACCCAAGGUCUCCCAAGUAGAUAAUUCUUCUGAUUUCUUGGGCAAAAUUCCACAUCGCCAGCAUCCGGGCAUCCUCCAUCUCAAAAAUGUUAGGCUUCCUCCUGAACUGGUAGAAGUAGCUCACUUUCUGGUAACUGGUAAGUAAAACCCAUUAACAAUGACUCCUCUGUGAUAUGUGGGGUGGGAUGAAGGGUAGUGGACUCAUAUGCACUUCAUAGAUUUGUUGGGUGGGCUGGAUUCACUCUUCCCAACUCCAGAGGUGCGGAGUUAAAGAAUGAUUUUGUAAUAAACUAUUGUUGUUUUCUUGGUCCCUUGAUUUUGUAUAUCGGGGCUGGAGAAUACAUGACCCUUCAGGGUGUGUUGGACUACAACUCCCAAUCAACACGGACAAUAGUUAAAAAUGAGAGUUGUAGACCUGUAAACUCUGGAGGACUACGGGUCUCCUAGCUUUGAAGAGGGAAUGGUCCUUGGGACUUCAUUUUCUUAUUUUGGUGUUAGAGAGAGAGAGAGAGAGAGAGAGAGAGAGAGAAUACGCAUAUACACACAUGUGCAGUGAUUGCUUUUUAUUGUAUUGCUCCUCUGAGCAGUGCAAAUGUAUCGGAAAUGCAGGAUAUAAAUCAUCUGCAUUAAUAAACAACAACAAUGAUAAAGAUAAUAUUUUGUAGCUUAUUCCUCAAGGAGGUGCGGGGAUUUGGACUUGUAUCAAUGAGGAGUUAAGCCUUCAAGUGUUGUGGGCCUAACUCUGUGCAACUCCCUCUUGCAAAAAGUUAGACAGGCACCAUCCCUACUGAGUUUCAGUUGCUUAGUCAAAACUCUUCUGUUUCAGGAGGCCUUUGCACCAUGAAUGCUUCUCAGAUGUUUUCCUUUUCCUUUUAGAUUUUAAAUUAUUGAUGUUUUAAAAAUCUGAAGCCUUCAUUUAUGUUUUUAAUUUUGUACAUGGUAUAUUUUAUAACUGUAAGCUUCCUGGAGACCCACAUUGGGAAAAGCAAGGUAUACAUUCCUUAAAUCAAUAAAUAAUUAAGUGCUUCCCCGCCCUUGUUGUGCAAGUACAGUUGAACCUCUAGUUACGGACUUAAACUGUUUCGGGGUGCCAUUUGCACCCUGAAAAGUCUGCAACUAGAGUGCCACUUCUGCACAUGUGUGCAGCGCAAUCGAGCACUUCUGCGCAUGUGUGAAGCGCACAGAUCGCUUUUGCGCUUGCACGGGUGGCAAACCUGGAAGUAAACCCUUUUGGGUUUGCCAUGUUCAUAAGCUGAAAGUCCGUAACAAGAGCAGAACGCAACAUGAGGUAUGACUGUACACAUCUACAUUUUGAGUUGGUGACAGAUCAAGGAUUCAUAUAGACUGGAUUGGGGAGCAAAAGACUUCUGUUUUGUUUCUGCUUCUAUUAAAUACUUAGAAUUCAAAACCCCUUGUUUAUCUGCUGCAGAUUUUUGGGGGGAUGUACUUAACUACCUGUUGCUCUUCCCCUGAUAAGAAAGUUCCCUGCAUGUUGAUAGCAUCAUAACAAUCUGAGAAAGUGCUUUGGGUCUUCAAGUGAGAGCUGCUGUAGGUGCCCCUACCCUGACUAGCUUUUCGUUUCCCCCAGAAUCCUCCAUGCGGAAUCUGGAGCAACAAACCAAGGCCCUCACCAACUACCUGUGGAGCCGCAAACGCCCCCUGGAGGCUGCAGAUCUGCGCAGGAAGGCUCAUGAAUUGGAGCAGAAAUUUCGGGAGAAGAAAAGUGAGUGCAGAUUUGUGGGGUAGUUGUGGAGGAGACAAUACCUGUUCCCAGAGAGUGAGGAUAUGAUGCUGUUCCCAACUUAGCCAUGUAACCUGCUGGGCGAUCUUGAGCUAGUCACACUCUUUUAGCCUAACGUACCUUACAUGUUGUUGCAUGGGGGUGGGUGGGAGAAAGGGGUUGAAUAAUGAUUGAUACUAGUGUGGGAGAAGAGUGGAGUUAAAUAAAAUAAUUCGACUUCUUCUGUCUCAGAUGCCACGGGCCCUCUGGAUGAGGAAGCCGAGGCGAAGCUGCAGAAAAAGGUCUUGGAUGCACUUCGAAAAUCGACUUACCACUGGGAGGAGCUGAAGUGAGUGUCCUGGGGACCUUGCCAGAAACCAAGGACCUGAUUCUCUUGGGAAGAUUUGGUGUGAACAUAGCAUGCUGUCUCAUAUUACUGAAUGCAGACUGGCAGUCCUUCUUUUAUUGCAGAGCCUUUUGUUUCCCGUUCUAAAUACAGAGAAUCAAUAUGGUGACUUAUUCCAAACAGUAAUCUACAGCAAACUUACGUGGUCCUGGACAUGCAUUCUUACAUGGCUUUAGAUAAAUUCAUGGAGAGUAGCACUGUCUGUUGGUGGCUACUAUGCAAAUGGAUGUUUACUUCUUCUAGUGCCAGAGAUAAAGUGGGUCUGAAUAUCAGCUGCAAGCAGAAUAGGGCUAUCACCCUCAUUUCCUGCUUGUGGGCUUUGCACAAUAAUCUAGUUAGCUAUUAUGGGAGCAGAAGGCUGGACCAGAUGGGCCAUGGUCUAUUCUCAGAAGGUUGAAUUAAAUUUGGCCAGCCUGCAGAAGACACCCGGCUCUUUAUUGUAACAGGGAUAAGUCGAUAGCAACAACUGGUAGUAGAGCAGAUACGACUCAUUACACAAUUUAGACCAGCAGGGAGCUCUCGCUCAGCCCUUUUUUGUGGUGCGGUGCUUUCCCUUUUCUCUCAGUGGCACAGGCUGUGAGAAUUGUGCUCCUUGCUGACUUGGUUAUGUGGUUUGUCUUUUCCUAGGUACACUGAAGAGCUCAGCUUUAUAUACAUGGCAGCCCGGAUGGACGGGGUUUUUGCAGCUGUGACCCGAGCUUUCCAUGAAGUGAGUUGACAUUUCAAGUUUUUAGUGGGUGGAGUAAGGUGAGAAGAUGGCUGUGUACUACAUGUUCAAAAUAACUUGGUGGCUAUUAAUUUACUAGUAGUUAAAACAUAACCAAACAUUCAUUUGGUAAAACUCUGGAUUAUUCAGGCUUCUGACUAAAAAAGGUAAAGGGACCCCUGACCAUUAGGUCCAGUCGUGACCGACUCUGGGGUUGCAGCGCUCAUCUCGCUCUAUGGGCCGAGGGAGCCGGCGUUUGUCCGCAGACAGCUUCCGGGUCAUGUGGCCAGCAUGACUAAGCCGCUUCUGGCGAACCAGAGCAACACAGAAACGCCAUUUACCUUCCCGCCGGAGCGGUUCCUAUUUAUCUACUUGCACUUUGACGUGCUUUUGAACUGCUAGGUUGGCAGGAGCUGGGACAGAGCAACGGGAGCUCACCCCGUCACAGGGAUUCGAACCGCCGAUCUUCUGAUCGGCAAGUCCUAGGCUCUGUGGUUUAACCCACAGCGCCACCUGCGUCCCAGGCUUCUGACUAGUGCAGCAUUAUUUAGAUAUGAGAACCCCAGGUUCUCAUCCCCUUUGAGCAAAGGAUUUGCUUUGUUGGGGUCUUCUGGCAAGCCCUACCUUUAUGUAAGCAAAACAAAAAAAACCCAGAGGGAUUCUGUCUCCAUCCAUUGGCUGAAAGGAACAGGAACCGUGAAUAGUUUCAAGAGAAGAUCAGCCUGACCUGAGCUGCAUAUAAGUGCCUUGCUAUGGGUCACCACUUUGUCCUGGCCUUGAAUAACAGAUCGUCCCUCUCUACAUUUUCCCUCAGCACCUCUUCCUCAUACGUCUUGCCUUUUUAUUUUUGGGUUUGUAAGGCUGUUUGCAAAUGCUCCACCCCACCAAUUGGUAUGAGCGAAUUUGGCAAACAGUAAUUUGCCACGGCAAACAGGAUUAAAAAUGCAGGAAAUAAAUAAAAUAGAUAUGGCUUGGGUUCCCUUCCCCUCGUAUAAAUGCUUUCUGAGCCUGUGGUCAGUAUUUCAUUCUUGGUGACCUUCUGGGGGCCAAAUAACAGUGGAUAGGGUGAGAGGCAAAAGUAUGCGGAUCAGGAAACAAAAAGUUUCCCUUUGUUCAAGAGGCUAGUGUCUAUACGUAUCCACAUGCACACACCUCUGUCCUCCACCCUGGUGAGCAGGAGCCAUUAUUGGAGUUCAAGGGCACAUUCCAGCCAGGUUAAGAAUAAUCAAGGAGGGUAUUAUUUGUGAUGUGGUGUGAGAGUCCUGGGGAGCAAAUGGAGAGAGGCCCCAGGAUUGACAUUCCCCAUCCUUGAUUUAUACACUGCCCAUUAAAUGACCAAGCUGCUUCACCUGCAUUGUUUCUGUAAUGGUUAACAACAGCCCUAUAAGGUAGGUCAGCAUUAUUUAGUAUGAUUCAUAAUCUGAGACUCUUAUACCUGGCUGGCUUUUGCUCGCUCUAUUAGCCCAUGCACAAGCUGCAGUUAGGUGAGCAAAGUUGCUUUGUACACUCUCCCUGCUGUGGCAGUGCAAAGCAGGUGUUUCCUGUAAGGUUUGAAUUUCUAGCGGGUAUUUGAAAGCUUUCUGGGCUGCGUCUGUGGUAUUCCGCUAAGCUUUCCUCAGAGUAGACCCCUAGAAAUUGAUAUACAUUAGGUCCAUUAAUUUUAGUAGGCCUACUCUUGAGUAAAACUUGGUUGAAUGCCAUCCUGUUUUGUUUUUGUAUAGUUAAUUACUUUGGUGUUGCUUUUAAAGUGAUCGUUAUCGCACUGCAGGGUUCAUUUGUAAAUACCGUACCCUACUUUCAAAUGGAGAACGGGGUCAUAUGUUUUUUUAUUUUUUUGUAUAUAAUUUUUAUUAAAUUUUCUAAAUUGCAUUUCAAAAUACUCAUUUAAACAACCUUAAAUCAAUGGCUUCCCUUCUUCCCUUUCCGUGGUUCAUUUUGCAUACCAUACAUCCCUGCAUAUUUUACAUGAACUAAACCGUUCAGUAAUCCAUUGUUACAUCCAUCAAAACUUACUUACACUGUUGAAUUUAUCUUAAUGCUACCAGUGUUUUUAAAUGAACACAAUUUUCACCCAUAUAUUCAGUAAACGUUUUCCAGUCUUCUUUAAACAUGCAUUCUUCUUAUUCUCUUAUUCUAUAAAUUAAAUCCACAAGCUGUGCGUAUUCCAUCUGUUUUAAGUUGCCAUUCUUCUUUAGUUGGGACCACUCUCAUUUUCCAUUUUUGGACUAACACGGGCCGCAGUAGUAGCAUACAUAAAUAGUCUUUUUUAACACUUGGGAAUUUUCCUCUGAAUUAUCCCCAACAAAAAGGACCCUGGUUUUUUGGGGAAAGGUUCGUAUGUAUGCUCAAUUGACAGCAGUCCUUGGUUUAUGAAGCAAUUUCUCUUUUUUGCCUCCUUCAGAUCCAGAAGAGAGUCUCGGACUUUGAGCCGCGCACCCUGUUGGAUUUCGGCUCAGGAACGGGUGCAGUCACCUGGUGAGAAACCAUGUCAAUUCCUGAGCAGCAUUGAGGGAGGGAGGGAGGGAAAUAUUGAUGUAAAUAGGGGUGGGGAACCUGUGGCCCUUCUGCUGCUGGACUCUUAACUCCCAUCAGCCAGCAGGUUAGUGGUCAAGAAUAAUAGUAACUGUAUUCCAGUAUCUGGAGGGCCACGGGUUCUUUAUCCCUGGUCCAGGAGUCUUCCCAUCCCAGCAGCUCGGAUUUUUUAGAAGAGACCAUUCAUAGACGUGCCACCCUGCUCCUUUCUUUCCUCUCCUUCCCCUUCACUUUAGGGCAGCACACGGCAUCUGGGGCAAGAGUAUCAACGAGUACAUGAACAUCGACAGUUCGGCUUCAAUGUUAGCCUUAGCUGAGAGGCUGAUGAAAGGUGAGAGUUGUGAGUGGUGCUAUGUGGAGAACUUCAUGUGGGGUGGAGUGGGGUUCUCCUUUGCCUAACAUCUGUCCAGGAACCCUAUCAUGCCAGUGAAAUACACCCCCGCCCCGUCCUGGAUUAAUAGGUAGGACACCAGAUGCCCAAUGAAUGGGGAAAUUAUAUGCAGGGACCAUUGAAAUGAAGGGAAGCUCUGCCCCUUUGCCCUUUUGUUGUGAUUUGCACAGGGCAGUUCAGUGUAACCCUACUCUUUAAGCAUAAAACCUGUGCCUCGGCCGUAUGGCUUCAGACCCUUUCUGUACUGCAGUUUCCACCAUUGCCACUAGAAUCAUGGGAGCAUAGGAAACUGCUACAUCUGGUACACAGACUGAGACCCUACCUACCCGCAGGCUGUCUCGCCAGAGUGGUGCAUGCUCUGGUUAUCUCCCGCUUGGACUAUUGCAAUGUGCUCUACGUGGGGCUACCUUUGAAAGUGACCCGGAAACUACAACUAAUCCAGAAUGCGGCAGCUAGACUGGUGACUGGGAGCGGCUGCUGAGACCACAUAACACCGGUCCUGAAAGACCUACAUUGGCUCCCAGUAUGUUUCCGAGCAUAAUUCAAGGUGUUGGUGCUGACCUUUAAAGCCCUAAACAGCCUCAGCCCCUUAUACCUGAAGGAGCGUCUCCACCCCCAUCGUUCAGCCCGGACACUGAGGUCCAGCUCCAAGGGCUUUCUGGCAGGUCCCUCGCUGCGAGAAGUGAGGUUAUAGGGAACUAGGCAGAGGGCCUUUUUGGUAGUGGAACGUCCUCCCACCAGAUGUCAAGGAAAUAAACAACUAUCUGACUUUUAGAAGACAUCUGAAGGCAGCCCUGUUUAGGGAAGUUUUUCAUGUUUGAUCUUCUUAUUGUGUUUUUAAUAUCCUGUUGGAAGCCACUCAGAGUGGCUGGGGAGGCCCAGCCAGAUGGGUGGGGUAUAAGUAAUAGAUUAUUAUUAUUAUUAUUAUUAUUAUUAUUAUUAUUAUUAUUAUACAGGGUCAGGCCAUUGGUCCACCUUUCUCAGUACUGUAGACACUGGCUGGCAGUCGCUCUCCAGGGUUUCAGCAGGAGUCUCUCCCAGCCCUACCUGGGAAUAUCAAGGAUUGAUCUUAGCACCUUUUGCAUGCAAAACGUACAUUCUACUCACUGAGUUAUAGCACUUCACCUGUUGUAUUUGAGCUCCCACAAACCUCUCCAUGUUUCUACCUUUGUUUUUGGUUUUUUUUUUGGUUUGGUUUUUUAAAUAUAACUACCCAGGCAUUUCUGAGGAGAAGAAUCUCUGCAUCCCAGGAGUCUACUUUCGGCAGUUCCUCCCAGUCUCACCAAAGGUAAUAAUAACUCAUCAUCUUAUUUUCCUCCCAGUGGGAGCUGCACUCAGAGCAGGAUGAGUCCCAGGGGGUCUCGUUAAAUCUGCAUUCAGGUGCCUACAGUCCCCUGUUGUUCUGUUGACUGGGUACCAUUGUGUGUUUUCCAGAAUCCCACAAGGAUUUCCCACUUGAACUGGUUAACCGCCACAUCUAAACAGGUUCCCCCUCCCAUUCCCCAGGCUUAAUGAUUGGAAAUGGUCUUCAAACAAGUUUGUUUUUAAAUACUUCUUAUGCUGUGUAAAUUUUCCAUUUAAAAAACCCUGCAAGUGGCCAACUUUUGCCACACUUAAGAAUAAUCAGAGAUUUUCACGAAUAAUACCAAUGGCUUGAGCCAUAAGGAAGUUCAUGGGAGGAAUUUUCCGCGUCUUCUGCUACUUCCACCAAAUCCACAACGUAUCUGUUCCAGAGGGCCCUUAAUAAUAUCCAUUAUACAGAGGCCUCUUCUGCCCUCCCCAACUGCUGCCAGCCACCACCUGUUGGAUCAUUGCAUUGUGAAGUUGGUUAAGCUGACAGUGUACCUUUGUCAUAAUCACCCAGGAAACUUCAUGGCAGAGCAGAGAAUGGACUGAUCUUCCUGGUCUUAAGUCCAAGAGCUUGACUGUUACACUGCAGAAGUUGUCCACACUGGCUCUAAAUUAAACUUUUGGUCUUUUUUCUUUUCUUUUCUUGUUUAAAGGACCCUAAAAUUUGUAAUGGGACACACUGUUCCUACAUAUUCCAGCCCCAUUUUUCUUUCUCCCUUUGCUUGACAUGCAGGUGAAAUUUGACCUUGUGGUUUCUGCUUUCUCACUCAACGAACUCCAAAGUUAUGCUCAGAGAGUGGAGACAGUGCAGACACUCUGGAGAAAGACAGGUGGCUUUUUGGUAAGUGGGCAAACAGCUUACCCGUCUGAUACUGUGUUUCUCCCCCUAAAUACAUGCAACUGAAGCAACCACAUAUACCUUCCCUGUUAACCUUGCCUUCCAUUCUUCUGUUCCAGGGAUGGGGAAUAACUGGGUGUGGCCCAUGCGGCCUCCCUACCCAUCCUCCAGCAUAUCCUUGCCUCCUCUCUGCCCUCACUCUCACACGUAUUGCAGUAAGGCUUGGGGAAAGCUACCUAUUUGGACCCUGCAAACAUAUUACACGCUCACCAUAAUUAGAGGUGAGGAUGUGUGGAGCUCCUAUUGGCUCCAGUAAAUGGAGGGGGAUAUGCAGUUUCUAUGGGACACAGGUGGCGCUGUGGGUUAAACCACAGAGCCUAGGGCUUCCCGAUCAGAAGGUCGGCGGUUCGAAUCCUCGCGACAGGGUGGGCUCCCGUUGCUCGGUCUCUGUUCCUGCCAACCUAGCAGUUCGAAAGCACGUCAAAGUGCAAGUAGAUAAAUAGGUACCGCUCUGGCGGGAAGGUAAACGGCGUUUCCGUGCGCUGUUCUGGUUUGCCAGAAGCAGCUUAGUCAUGCUGGCCACAUGACCCGAAAGCUGUACGCCGGCUCCCUCGGCCAAUAAAGCGAGAUGAGCGCCACAACCCCGGAGUCGUCCGUGACUGGACCUAAUGGUCCGGGGUCCCUUUACUUUUACCUAUGCAAUUUCUAUUGUCUCUGCAAUUCUCUCUAUUUCUCUAACUGUGACCUGGAUUCCUCUGUACAUUGAAUGAAAAGGGGGCUCCUGAUUCUUAGGGCAACUCAGAGGAAACUCUGUGAGCUGCUGUUCCUGGAUCACCAAGUCACGGCACUGAGAGAGCAGCAGAAAGUGGAGGCACCUGCUUCCUCUAUAUAAAAUCUUAAUAUUGUAGACGACUUCCAGGGAGGCGCCUCCGGCAAUGGCUGGAUUCCUCUGAUCGGGAGGAAUCAGCUCCGUGGAAAUCUGGGUCUGGCCGCCACGGCGAAGGCGGAGACCCGUUAAAAAUCACAGGUGGGAGAAGCCUGUGAGCGUGGGAUUCGGCGGGCACCCUUUGCGCCUCCCCCACUCGCAGGGAAACCCGGUUUCGGGGAUCCGGAGCGACGUGGGGUGAGCGGCGCGGUGCUUCGAAUCAUCUGCUUCUUCCACGGAGUGAAGCCGCAUAGCUGUUGUCAGAGAGCGCUGACUUUUUCCUGUGGACAAAUUGACUCCAAAGUAACUACCCGUGAGUAGAGCUUAAUUGGGAAAAUUUGGCAUCGAAACGGGGAAGGUACAAUACAGGAAGUCCGCCUUCCCCUUUUGUAAAUAGACUGAAGCAAUGGAGGCUGCAAGCUGAAGUCUUGGAAAGCCUUUUGUAAAAGACUAAAUUUCCAUAAGAAUAUAAUCCCCCCCCUCCUUGGAGGCAGGAGAAGAGGGGGGAGGGAAGUUGUUAACUGAGUUUGCCUGCGGAAGAGACCAAGAGAGGUAAAACACCGCCGCUCGGACCCUGGGAACGGGCUGCUAGAAGGUCCGACGUUUUGGUGAGACGACUAUUGACAGUGCUUGGAUCGUGUUGACAGCUAGCAUAAGAGAAGAUACAUUGUUUUUACUGUUUCCAGCAGUGAAAGUAACUGAAAAUUGAAAUUAGUUUGGGGUCGUUUGAACUGUGCUUUAAGAGGAUAUUACUUAUCAAUACAAACAGAAACUGUUUCCCUCUAGUGGAAGUUCUUGAAACUGGCGGCUACAUAAGAUCUGGGCUGGGAAAUUUCCAGUUGUAAGAUAAAAACCGUGAGACUGUGAGUUGACCUUGAAUCUAUUGAGUGUUAUGGCAGAUGCGAAAGACCGAAUGUCGCCAGAAGAGGCCUUAGUGAUUGUACUAGUGAAAAUAAAUGAUUCGCUGGAACAGCUUCACAAGAAAAUGGAUGUGAUAAAUAUGAAAGUGGAUGCUGCAAAUAUUAAAAAUGAUUUAAUGGUAGAAAGUUUAAAUAACCUGGGACAAAAGGUGAAUAUCAAUACAGAAACCACCCAGAAAUUGAUACAGGAAUCUAUCCUGAUACAGCAAACUGCGGAUGAAGUUAAGGAGAAAACCCUCGCUGCUGAAGUUAAAGUAAUUCAACUGAGAGAGAGAGAGUCCCAUCCAUACAAGGACGAUUUGAUGAAUACGAGCUGACACCUGAUAUGACUGAACUUAAAGAGAAACAGAUGAAAUUGAGGAUCAGAGCCCUACCCGAGGAAAAGGAAACCUUGAUAGAGUUUCAGGAGGAGAUAGGACUAACAUUGGUUGAGAAAGAGAGGUAUUGGGGGGUUAGUAUGACCGCCAGAAAUGUGAAUUUAUUCAAGGGCAACUGUGAAGGACUUUGGCUUGAAAACAAGGGGGAUUUGGAAAUAGGGCUAAAUUGGAAGUUGCUAUUGUUGGACCGAGUUGCUGUGGUGUGGGGACGAGGGUUGCGGUGAGGUCGGGGAUGUUGCUUUUGUUUCAAACAUUGCAAGGUUUGGAUGGGAGGGAUCGUUUCAGGAGGUGGCAGAGGGAUGUCUCUAGAUCUGUAUGGCAGGGCAGGAAGCCUCGAGUAAAAUUUAAGAUAUUAACGGAUGCUAAAGAAGGAGGUGGACUUGCCCUGCCAGACCUCUAAAUUUUGUUGUGAAUCAUCUGCUUUUUGCUGGCUGAGAGAAUCGGCAGAAUCCGAGACCAGGGAGAAGAGCUGGUGGAAGAAGAUUGGAAGUUUAAAGACUAUUUAUAGAAAUAUUGCAAAAUUAAUGAAUGUUAGAACAAAGUGGGAAUGAAGUUAUAUGGCUUUAGCAGAAAUGUUAUAAGGAAUUAAGUAUAAAUAGAUUAAUUGAGCAUUAAAGGGAAUAAAAUAAGGUUAGAAUGUGUUAAGAUAAUUAUAGGAUAGUAAACAGAGGAAGAUGGAAAGGAAUUGCUAAAAUAAUUAAUUGAUGUGGAAUACAAAAAGAGAGGUGUGAGGAAGUCAUGGAAAUAAGCGAAUGAAAGAUAUGACAUUGAAAUUGUUUAAAAUGGUCUUUGUUUUGUUUUAUAUGUCUUGCAUUGUAUUGUGUUUUCUGUUUGUUGUUUCUUUUUGCUUCUUUGCUUUGUUUAACUCUUUUUCUUUUUUUUGGUAACUUUUAAACUCUUAAUAAAUAUUAUUUAAAAAAAAAAAUCUUAAUAUUGUAAGCUCCCCAGGACAGGGAUUUCUUCUCGUGUGCCUUGCCCACUGGUGGUGCUAUAGAUAGUAACAACUUUCCCUUGCAUUCCAUGCACUGCAGAAGCCUGCUCUUCUUUGGGAAUGGGGGGGGGGCUGUUGCUCAGCACCACCCAGUGUAUAGUCUCUCCCUUGCCUUCAUUUUUCCAGGUUCUGGUAGAGAACGGGACCAAAGAAGGUCAUCAGAUGCUCAUGGAAGCCCGGGAUCUUAUUUUAAAGGUGAGGCACUUCUCUGUGUUUGUGGCCUUUAAAGAAAUGCAUGCAGGCUAUAAAAUAGGAGUUGACGGCCUUUUUAGACCUGCGAGCAAAUGCUGGGGGUGCAACCCCUGACUUCUUCCUGCUCCCCAGAGAUAGAAAAUGUGUGUGCGCGCAUACGCACAGCUUUUAAAAGUGCUGAGUGAGCAAGUGGGAAUGAGUGUCAUUCUUCCACCUUCCCCUUCCAGUUCUGCAAGCUCUCCAUGGGACAAAAGGUGAUGGCCUCAUAACCAAGGGGGGCUGUAAGUGUGGGCACCAGAAGAAGACAUCAAGGGUGCUGUUACACCCAUGGGUGCUGUGUUGGUGACCCCUGAAAUAAAACGAUUGUUUAAAAAAGGAUAUUGUGCCAGGAAGCAUGUCAGCCUCCUUCUCUUAGACUGAUGAUUGCUUUAUGUCUUCUCCAAAGUUUUUCUCUGGAGCGUGGACUGUAAUUAAUGAGUUUAAGAUUCAUAAUUUCCCUCCUGAAGACCUUUAACUCCAAACUCUGCUAAUUAACAAAACUGCUCCAGAUUACCACUCUUACUUGCACAGAUACUUAAAAAUCCAAUUUUAAUUAAAGAAGGAAAGUUAAUUCCCACCCACCCCAUAAUUGUAACAGGUAUAAUUGUUUUCGGUUGGUUUGUUUUUCUAUUUUGUAAAUGGAGGCUUGUAUGAGGCUUGGGAUUGCUACCGUGGAGGGGCGAGGGAGGUAUGGUGGUGGGGGCAGAUGUUAUAGGCGAAGGGGAUCGAGAUACGGAUAUGCUCGUACCCCUUCCAAUCUGCGCCCCAUCCCGAGGGACGAGGGUAGGGUGAGCAAGGAUUACUCACCUCCGUCACUGGUGUUGUGCAAUGCCAGGUCUAUAGGCAACAAAACCGCCACUCUGCGAGAUUUCUUUACCUCGCAGGGGGUCGACCUGGCUUGUGUGACGGAGACCUGGGUACGCGAAGGGGCAACAGUUACCUUACGAGAGAUGGCGCCCCCGGGUUUCUCCGUCCUCCACCAGUCACGGGCCGGGGGGGAGGGGUGGCAUUAUUAAUCCGGGAAGAUUGUCCUUUCAGGGCUCUACCAUCGCCAUCGAUCCCCGGCAUUGAAUGUGUUGGCCUAGUGUGGGGCUCUGAGGUGAGCUUGGCUGUCUGGCUGGUGUACCGGCCACCUAGCGCACCAGCAGCCACCCUGUCAGGCCUGCUGGAGGCGGUGGCCGGCUGGGCCUUGGAGUUCCCUAACCUAUUGGUAUUGGGGGACUUCAGCAUCCAUGCUGAUGCCACUCCCUCCUCACAGGCUCUGGACCUGGUGUCUUCCAUGGCAACACUAGGGCUCUCCCAGUUUGUUUCAGGCCCCACACAUCAAGCAGGCCACACGCUGGAUUUGAUCUUUGGCGUAGGUAUAGAUGUGAUCAUGUCUCCUUCAAUUAAGGUGCCGUGGUCUGAUCACUACGCUCUGAAAGCCAGGAUUGACUUUCCACCCCCACCCUGCUUAGGUGGCGAGCCGAUUUGGGCUCGCCCGCAGAGGCUGAUGGACCCUGAUAGAUUCCGUCAAGCCUUGCGGGACCUUGCUCCCCCUGGCGACUCAUUGACUGAGCUUGUUGAGGGCUGGAAUACCCAGCUCCUGGCAGCCAUAGAUGAGAUCGCACCUAAGCGCCCUCUGCGACUCCGCAGAAACCGGGCUCCCUGGUUUACCGAGGAGCUUCGGAAAAUGAAGCGGGACCUCAGGCGGCUAGAGCGAGUAUGGCGGGGUGCCCGUGGCGGAGCCUCAAGAACAUCUUAUAGGGUUUUUAUGAAAACCUAUGAGAUGGCGGUGAAAGCCGCUAGAAGUCCUACUUCUCGGCCUCCAUUGCAUCCGCUAGCUCUCGCCCGGCGCAAUUAUUUAGUAUAAUUAGGUCUUUAACGUCCCUUGAAGGACAGCCAAAUUUAAAUAACAAUCUGACACACAGCUGUGAGGCAUUUGCGAGCUUUUUGCGGAGAAGGUCCUGUUGCUCCGCCAUGACCUCCCUGCCAAUUUGGAUACAAUAAAGGAACUGGAGGCCCCUCGACUGUCCUCGGGUCCAGUAUUGGACCACUUUGAUCGGAUAUCCCCAGCCGAUGUGGACAGACUCCUCCGAGCUGGAAAGCCCACCACCUGUCCUCUUGACCCGUGCCCGUCUUGGCUGAUUAGAGCGUGUCCAGGCGAGGUGCGGGCCCCUGGGGAUAUCAUCAAUUUGUCCCUUGGCACCGGGAUAUUUCCAGGGGAAUUGAAGGAGGCAGUGGUGCGCCCGCUCUUAAAGAAAACAUCAUUAGAUCCCUUAGAUCUAUCCAAUUACCGCCCGGUUUCGAAUCUUCCAUUCCUGGGUAAGGUGAUUGAGAGAGCGGUUGCUGAACAGCUUGGUAGGUUUCUGGAUGAAACAUCGGCUCUGGAUCCAUUCCAGUCUGGCUUCCGCGCUGGUCAUGGGACCGAGACGGCUCUGGUCGCCCUAACAGAUGAUCUCCGCAGGCAGCUGGAUCGAGGCGGGUCGGGGCUGCUGAUUCUUCUAGACCUGUCAGCAGCCUUCGACAUGGUUGAUCACGAACUCCUGGACCACCGCCUUGCCGACGUGGGGAUCCAGGGCACAGUCCUUCAAUGGCUGCGCUCGUUUCUCUCCGGUCGGGGGACAGAGGGUGGCGCUUGGGGGGGAAUUGUCAUCCCGCCACUCCUUGGUGUGUGGAGUGCCUCAGGGUGCGAUACUCUCCCCGAUGCUUUUUAACAUCUUUAUGCGCCCCUCGCCCAGCUUGUCCGGAGUUUUGGGCUGGGUUGCCAUCAGUAUGCCGAUGACACCCAACUCUAUCUGUUGAUGGAUGGCCAUCCUGACUCGGCCCCAGACACACUGACCAGAUGUUUGGAAGCUGUGGCUGGAUGGUUACGUGGAAGCCGGUUGAAGUUAAAUCCUUCGAAGACAGAGGUCCUCUGGCUGGGACGGGACGAUAUGGGAUUGGGGGGGCAACUCCCAUCUCUUGCGAGGGUGCAAUUAGUGCCAGCACCGUCCGUUAAGAGUUUGGGUGUAAUCUUCGAUACCUCCCUCUCUAUGGAGGCGCAGAUUACAGCUAUAACAAAGGCGGCAUUUUUCAUCUCCGCCAAGCUAAGCAGUUGGCCCCUUAUCUCUCUCGCCCUGACCUAGCCACUGUGAUCCACGCGACGGUCACCUCCAGACUGGAUUAUUGUAACUCGCUCUACGUGGGGCUGCCCUUGAGACUGACCCAGAAACUCCAGCGGGUGCAGAAUGCCGCGGCGAGACUCCUUAUGGGGUCUUCGCUGCGAGAUCACAUUCAUCCGGUACUAUACCAGCUGCACUGGCUCCCGGUGGAGUACAGGAUCAGGUUUAAGGUGCUGGUUUUAACCUUUAAAGCCCUAUACGGCCUAGGACCCUCGUACCUACGGGACCGCCUCUCCUGGUAUGCCCCACAGAGGAACCUACGGUCUGCAAAUAAAAACAUCCUGAAGGUCCCAGGCCUCAGAGAGGUUAGGCUGGCCUCAACUAGAGCCAGGGCUUUCUCGGCUGCGGCUCCAAUCUGGUGGAACGCUCUGUCACAAGAGACUAGGGCCCUGCGGGACCUGACAUCUUUCCGCAAGGCCUGCAAGACAGAGUUGUUCCACCAGGCCUUUGGUCAGGGCCCAGCCUGACUCCCUCCUCUGGCAACCUGCACAGAACUUUGCUUAACGGUUGCCAUUAAAUUGAUUUUAAUUAAUUUUUAUAAUGAAAUGUUUUAGAAUGUUGGAUUAUUUGAUUGUUUGAUUAUUUGUUUGUUGUUAGCCGCCCUGAGCCUGGCUUUGGCUGGGGAGGGCGGGAUAUAAAUAAAAAAUUUUAUUAUUAUUAUUAUUAUUAUUAUUAUUAUUAUUAUUAUUAUUAUUAUCUAGGCUAGUCUCCAUUUCAAAUGGGCCUGAACUUCUAAACAAGUUGAUAGGCCUGUUCCUGUGAUGGCUGCACCUGCUCGACCUCUGGCCCCUGUAUUUUCCUCAAUAUUUAGCUUCCUUGCCCAUGAUCGAGGAAGGACUGUGAGAAUGACAUGCGUGACUGUUUAAAUGAAUUGUUUCUCUACCCCCAUCCAUCUUCUUCUGUAGGGCACAGAUGAAGUGGUUCAUGAUCCCACAGAGCCUUCCGUUUUUGCCCCGGUGAGUUUAGAAAUUUUCCUGAAGCUAGAUUGAGUAAAAAGGAGCUGCGGCUGCUGAAUCCUGAGAAGAAGGAGGACUUGUGGAUGGUUCCUAGGUCCAGGAAUUAGGUGAUUUACCUGUUCUGGACAGAAUUGUAUCCCCCCCCCCCAAAAAAAAAGGCUGUACACCUGCUUUGGAUUUUGAAUGAAAGCCAGCCUACAAAUGUUUUAAAUGUACAAUAUAAACAACAGUACCAAAACUGCCAAACAGAUACAUGAGAGUAGUGGGAAGCUAAUAUACAGUUCAGAUAUAACCAUCUCAAUAUGAUAAAUCAAGAAUAAACAACCUGAUGCCCCCCAGAUGUUGCUGAACUACAGCUCCCAUCAUCCUAGCCCAUUUGCCAUGUUGGCUAGGGUUGAUGUGUUUUGGGAGUCCCAGUAAUUUCUGGAGGGCAACAACCCCUAAGGUAAAGCAAGGUCUCUUAGACUGAGAAUGAUUGGUGUUUCUGCAAGUUCCCUCUACCCAUCUCUUGUGUGUUUGAAUUCAGUAUUUUGGGGGCUUGUUAAACCACAGUUUCCUGUUUCAUCCUAACAGAAGCCUCGCUUGCAACCUUGGAAAAAAUACUGUGGUUUGCAGUCUGUUUUAGUGGGUGGAACAUAAACCACGGCAUCUAAAUUGUACCAAGUGUGUAAGAAACGAGAGGUUUUGAAAUGAGAUGCAGGAAACAGGCUGUUCAUUUGGCUUAUUGGACCGAGAUUGUUUCAUCUGGACCAUGUCUAAUAAAUUCUUCCACUUAGAGCAAUGUGGAGUAGAUAGGAUGCAAAGGCUUGUUAAUUUGGGGGGGGGGGCUGUGGGCAAAUUAGAUUUUGGUUGUCUUCUAUUCCCAGAGAGAUAAAUAUCCCUACCAUAACCUGAGACUAACAGAUACUUUCUGCCCUUUCUCUCUUAUGCUCAGUGUCCGCACCAUUUGCCAUGCCCUCGUUUGUCGCCUGACCGUAUCCUGCCAUGUAACUUCACCCAGACGUAUUUCCCGCUGCCUUUCAGUUGGGUGAGUUUCCGCUUAUUCCACGUGCAGUGCUUUUCCACGUUGUAUGUUGAUCAACCUCCUGUUGUGUUCAUUUAGCUUGGGGUGUAGUUACAAGCAAUAGGCUGGUUGGCUCAGCUUCACUCAUUUCCAAUAUACCGCAUUUUUCGCCCUAUAGGACGCACUUUUUCCCCUCCAAAAAUGAAGGGGAAAUGUGUGUGCGUCCUAUGGGGCGAAUGCAGGCUUUCGCUGAAGCCUGGAGAGCGAGAGGGGUCGGUGCGCACCGACCCCUCUCGCUCUCCAGGCUUCGGGAAGCUAUCCGCAAGCCUUGGGAGCAUGCGGGAGUUCGCUGAGCAGUCGCACCCGGGCUUCGGGUAGCUCUGCGCAAGCCGCAGGAGCCCUCCCACGGCUUGCGGAGAGCAGCUUGUUCUGGGGGCUGGGGUCAGGGGAAGCUCGGGCUUCCCCCGCCCCAGCCCCGCGCCUGGGGGGGAAAUAAAUUUUUUUUUCUUUAUUUCCCCCAAAAAAACUAGGUGCGCCCUAUGAGCCGGUGCGCCCUAUGGGGCGAAAAAUACGGUAACUUAACUACGUUUCCCUACCCUGUAGACUGCAAAAAAGCAUACUGAGCCCUUUUAUUAGUUGUCACCAUUCAUGCAGGCAGUUCCUCUGCACAGCGGGGUCACAAAACUAUGACAUAGCACACUUGAGAGCAUGCACAGAGCAGAAAGCAAGAGGGGGGAGGGACCAAAUUGUGUCCUCACUCAGGGUGCCAAUAAAAACCUGCUCACUUGUCCACGGUGAUGUGUUUUGUAUUGUUUUUGUUACAUAGACGCUUUUCCCAUGCAUGAACGAUACGGGGCAAAGGGACAUGUUAUUAGGCUCCAUUAACAGCAUCUGUCAAAUAUCCUGCCCUUCUCCCUUCACCUAUCUCAUUCUGGGGGAUCAGGGCUGGGAAAUGCUGGCAUGCUGAAUCGGAUAGGGAGUCGGGCAUCAGUUAAUCCACACCCGAUUAAACAUGAAGCCAACUUCAAGAGUUGGAUCGCUGGGAAGCAAAUUAGUGAGGGGGGGGGAGCUGUAUUCUGCAGAGAUCCAUUUUCCCCUUCCCAACCUUCUGUGUCUUCCUCCAGAACCCACCAAAGAAGGAGGAGAAAUUCUCAUACCUGAUCCUACGCAGAGGAUCGGGGGAACUGGAGCAGCCCUGGCCUCGGAUCACAAAGCCUGUCCUUUGUCGUACCCGCCAUGUCCACGUCCACCUGUGCUGUCCCGAUGGCAGCCUUCAGCACGCAGUGAUUACUUCAAAAAAACACAGCAGGUACUGGAUCUCUUCUCCCGAAGGUGGGAGGGGCCUUGGUUCUAGACUCUCAUUCAUUCUCUGGUGGCACGUUGGGUGUAGACUUUCCCCCUACUUCUAAUAUUUUAAUUUUAUUUCAAGAUUCAAAGUUGUACUUUGUCACUCAAUAGUUAUAAUCCUAUUCCACUUUAAUUCUCUGGACAAAGUAACUGCAAGAAUGAUCAAGGCACCGGAGUAACUUCCCUUUGAGAAAUUUUAUAUCAUUUGGGGCUUUUAGCUUAGAAAAAUAGCCGGUAAAGUGUCUGUUUGUGUGUAACACAAUAGAGGUUUGUAAUAUUAUGCGUGGUGUGGAGUUACGUAAACGGAGGGGUUUUUACACCCUCUCUCAUGUAGGGAUCAUCUUCGCCCAUCGUUCUCUCCUACAGGGAUAUUUACAGAUGUGCCCGGAACUGUGAAUGUGGAGACCGCCUCCCUGUUUUGAACCUGGAUAGCGAGCCAGACUCGGGAGAAGAGAGAGGCGACACGGAUGAAGAUCACCUCUGAUGGGAGCUCUUUCCAGCCACCCUCCUCAUCCCAGCAUAUACCACAUCCUCUAAGAGACAUCUUGCAUCAGAUGGGCUUACAAAUGCUGGAUGGCUUUCCAGAAUCCAUGAGCUGGUUGGAUAAACUGGUGCCACAAGGCACAUUUCCAGGCCUUCCUGGCCUAGUGGGGGAAUUGUGGCAUCUUAGAGAGCAGAAGCUUUCAGUAAGCUUCAGGCAGUUUUAUAUCAGUGUUAAACAUACAGAAGUUGUUCCUGCUCCUUGGAGACACACUGCGCAUGUAUUUAUUGUAGAUCUGUUUUUGCUGUGGUCUUACAUGGCUGCAUAUUUAUUCAUAAACUCCAAAGAGUCAUUUUCUACUUAACCAGUCACCAGAGAUGCUUUGCCCGUCUAUAUUCUCUGUCCGAGAUGUGCAGAUUGCAGGCUGAAAACAAACAUCAAGCUCUCUGGUGUGUCUGUUUCUGCUGCUACCCCUUUUCAGGUGGUAAGGUGUACAGGGUUGAACCUUUAAAUCCCUCCCCUGUUCUCACUUCUCUAAAAUCUAUCUGUUCAAGACCCCUGUAUUGUGGAAAGGAUAGCUCCAAACCUCCCUGUUAUUGUAUUCGUAGGAGGAAUGUUAUGGGAGAAAAGAUCUCCAGAAAGAUCUCCUCUCCCAUGCAAAAAAAAAAAAAGGAUUGCAAGGUGCUUCUGCCUGUUUGUCCUAGUUCUUAGGUAAAGUCCCUGUUUGAAGAGACUGAGUAAACCUGUUGGUGCAGUUACUUUCAUAGGAACCCAGUAGGAGGCUUAAUGCAGCUGGACUGCAUGGGAAGCCUUGCCUAUGCAUGGGGAACCUGUGAGUCUCUGGAGGUUAGACUUCCAUUGGCCUCCCAUGGUCAGGGAUGAUGGGGGUGGUUGUCCAGCACUAUCUGGACCACCCUAGACAAGCCACCUUUAGGCUGGGAGGAGCUGCCUCUGGGGCUUAGUGCAGAUGAAUUUCUCCUUUAGAACGUGGACAGUCAAGUUGGAUAAAGAAUGCCAAAGCAGCAGAGAUCCUUUCCCUUUUUUCAAGGCAGGCUCAUGGGUGGAAGAAUGUGAUUCUAAAUGGAAUUUGUGGGGGUGAGCCUGAAACAAGGAGCUGGUAGAUCUCUAGUUUUGGUCCAGGGCUGAAGGGUGUGAUCUUGACUCUUGGUUUCAUUCUCAGCUCUGGAAUUAGAUGUUUAAAAUAGGGCUAGGAGGGAUCCUGGAUUCAGUUCCUUGUUUUGGAGUUGGGGCAGAAAGUGGAGAAGAGCCAAGUGUGUGGGGGCUGGGAUUCCUGAGGUGUGCAAACAACUCUAGGAUGAGUGCUGGAAUUAAUGUAUUAUUAGGUGAUUUAAAAAAUAGUAAUCCUGUCUUCUAUGGUGUUCACACUCCCAAAAUGGCUUAGCAACAGAUAAGAAAAUAUAACAAAGUUUAUAUAGAGCAAGAACAUUGAAGUAAGAGCAGCAGGCUGCACAGAUGUUACUGGCCCAGAUAUGGAAAGAAGACAAAGUUCCCACUAGAGUGGCAUGCUGAAAUGGCUAAAAUGACUGGAAGAGGCAGAAAUCAGGAAGACCAAAACUUUAACAAGGAAUGGGGGAAAUUUAUAACUUACCUUAAGGACCAUUGUAAACAGGUAAAAUUGUUAGUAGGAUUGGAGUAUCACUUGUAGCUUAAGGUUGAAUUCUGGACAUAACGGAAGAGGUAUUUGGAUUAUCAUAAAAGAAGCGGGAGGAAAGGAUUAAUAACAGGGCCCAUAAAGAGGAGGAUGGAAGUCCUUGGAAUCUUGUUGUUAUGAUAUAGUUCUGUAAGAUUUUAAUUUGAAAAACCAAAUAAAUUUUAUAAAAAAUAAAGUAAGAGCAGCAGAUGUAGUGUGAUAAAAUUGAAAGAAUACAGGCACAGUGUCGUAAAAUUAUUACAAACCAAACUGGGAUUGAACUCAGUUUUUAAGGCUCUUGUAAACAUCAUGGUUUCAUGCUUAUCUCCCACAGCUGGAGGGGGGGGGGAGGUGUAUGAGUGAACACCCGGAAGUCCCUGUCCAUGGUACUUACUGUCAUUAAAGGUCUUAGCAGUAGACCAGAGAAGAGCACCAGGGUUAAGGUUCAGGCAGGUACAGAUGAGUGUGGAUGGUCCUUCAGGUAGCUAGUUCCAAACCAUACAGGGCUUCUCAGAUUACUACUGCCCUGCUGAAGCUAAGGAGGUCUUGGUCUGGUCAGUGCCUGGGUGGCUGACGAUUGCUUUGGGUUUCAUGAUGGGGAAAAUGAGCUAUAACUGAGUAAUAAAGUAACAUUUCACUUCUGCUUGCCAAGUCCAGGUUUUCAGCACUUCCUGCCUCGGGUGAAGCAGAUGAACUUGGUUCUUUGCUCGAGAUUCACAGCCCAUGUGCCGGAGUUUCUUUAGGAAGGAUCCCGAGACUCUGGAAUGUGCAAGUGCCCCACUGACUCAGGUUGCAAUCCUUUAUAAAACCCGCUAACUCUCAUCACUAGGGCAUACUGCUGAGUUUCUUUUUUUUAUAUAAUAAUUUUUAUUAACCGACCGAUCAAAUCAAAUCACAUCACAUUAAUUCCGAAUUACAAAGCUGAAUUUUAAAUUUUUUGUUGGGGGGACCCAUAUUUCAAGUUCCGAAGGGGAUUCCAAUCAUCUUCUUGCUGCUGCGUUAAUAUACACAAAUCUAUCCAAAUAAUAUUCAUAAUUCUAUCCAGUCCUAUCUUGCUGUUCUCACAUCUCAUCUUGUUCGUAUAUUUUUCUUUUUUCCUUUAUGAUCUCUUCUGAUAAUCUCCUUAAGCAGGUAAACACCAGUUAUAAUCCUGUGUGAAUUUUCCAUUCGUCCAAUCUUCAUGUCGAGAUGGUUUCCAUAUAUCAUCACUUUCAUAAAUAAAAGCACUCUUUCCAUCAUCAGUCUCGCAAAUCUGUCGCCUUCUUUAGUCCCUCCUCCUCCCAGACAUAAGUCUUUCGACAGAACUUGCUAAAAUGGCGACGCUAUUUUUUGCUGCAUCAUUCCAAAGCUCUUAUACUUUCCACGGUCUCCUUAAACCAUGCUUUGGUUAGAAAAUUAUCUCCACACAGUCUUAAAUCCUCAGCUUAAGUCAUUUAAACGGCAUUUGUGACUGGGGGGGGGGGGGAUUCGUGGUUAAUCACAUAGAGAAAAGAAAGGAAAGUCCCCCCCCCAUCCAGUCCCGUUGCCAAACAUACUGAGCCUUGGUGUGUCUUCUCAUGAUUUAUGAGUUCCUCCGACCCGUCUUGUUUCUCAGAGAUCUCUUCGGUUAGCAGUGUUUACUCCGCGUUCUUCCUUGAAAUAUGUGCAUUAGCUUCCUCCUAAUUGUUUCUUUUGAAGUUGCUGCAGCUAGAGGCGCGAACCAGAGACAGCGUCCAGGAGCGCCGAAAUCCACACAAGGGCUUUCUGCCUAGUGCCCCCACCCCCUCAAAUUCGGGGGUGGUAUAGGGCACAGCAGGCAAGGGCAGUCGUCCCCCCCACGCUUGGGGGGGCCGGGAGGCUGUUUACUGCCAUCACAG